AUGUCCGUGCCCGGAGCACGGGAUGGCUUCAUGUUCAAGCUUGGCAUCAAAGGCUUGGGGUACUACGAGGACUCCUCCUUGCGGGAAAUCGAGGCAAGAUCCGCUGCGGCAGCGGCAGCUGAGCGAAAGGCCCUUGCUGCUGAGCGGAAGGCGGCAGAGACCAAUCCAGAAGAGAUCGAGCUUGAUCUGGACGAUGAUGAGGAUGAGGGCCCGGCCGCAGAAGCUUCUGGACCUGCUGCCCCAAUGGCCAGCAACACGGAGGAGAUUGAACUCAAUGUUGAAGACAUUGAUGAAGCUCCGAUCGCGCCAGAGGUCUUUGGAAGCGGACUCUCCAGCCUGCGCGCGAGUCUGCCGGAGUCCACUGCUGUGCCCGAUGUAUCAAGUUGCUACCAUGUUUCCUUGCUUCAGUUCUUUCUUUACUCCUUGCUUGAGAGUGGCAGAAGGUCCCGUGCCGGACUGCUGACCCUUUCAUAA